CACAAAUAAAACCGGCAAUCAUUUGCCAAGUACCAAUGGCCAGACCAAGACGCGACUACGCUGCAUCGGCUGCUGAUUCUGCCAGCUUUCCGCAUUUCAGCCAUUGGCGCCCUGUGCGGCUCAUCCUGUCUGCAAGAUGUGCUGGACAGCCGUGCGCCGCUAGCCUAACGACUGGAUAUCCAUGUCUCGACUUCUUACGACUACUCUACUUGCAUCAGUCGCAACAGCUCAAUUGACUACAUCCAUUUGGUUACCCGGAGCUGCGAAUGCGAACCAGAGUUUCGUUGCAUCGGUUGUCUCUCUGCAAGACGAUCGCACCACCCUCUCAUUGGCCUUCGACGGAGAUGCUAUCGAGACCGAAUACUAUGGAAACGGGCCCGACCUUGUGACCGUAGGUGGCACAACCUAUGUGGCUUACGAGGCAACCGCAACCGACGCAGGAAGUGACUUCGCAGUGACUGUGAAUCUUGCAUGCACACGGGAGAACGGCAAUGCGGUCCCAACUUGCACCGCGACCACACGAGACCGAGAAGCGGAGAACAGCAUCCUGGCAUCUCACUGCUCCUCCGUAACGGGUUCUUGCACCAGUCAAAUCGGCCCCAGCGACUUCCCACAGAGCACGGUGACUAUGAGCGGCGACGAGCAGUUUUUCUUGAACAACUACAAACUCGUCAUCACAGCUGGAACGGAGAAGCUCAGCGCUUCGGCGGCCGCUACACCUACCGGAAGUGAUGCACAGUCGACAGCUGCAUCGGGAACUUCCAGUGCUGGAAGCUCUGGCAGUUCUGGAGCCCCCCAGGCCACGGGCGCAGCUUCUCCGAUGCGUUCGAUAGCACCUGUUUUGGCGGGAAUGGGCGCUGCUGCAGCCUUCUUUGUCUAGGGUGGACCAGCCAGUGUACACCAAUAUUCUAUUUGUACGACUACGCUUUGCACAACACUUGCAGGUUUAAGACUGUAAUCAAUGUACGUUGGCAUGAGAAGAUACGUGGACAUUGUGUGAAACCCACUCGUUAUUUGUUCGUCCGCUUGCUUGUUCCAGAUCAAUACCCGUUUGUCUUUCACACACAUGUUCAAGCUGUCAAUGUCU